UAUUCGCGCGUAUAGUCUUCUCAUCGCCAGUCUGUAGCUCUCGAGCGGCAGGAAAGCCGUGUCUCGCACUGAACGGAUAUAUUCCUCCGACACUUUCAUUUAUUCCGUUUUCAGUCUUUUAUCAACGCUAAGAUGCACCGGCGAAGUCCCGGGCUGGUUUUAACACUCCCGUUAACGUCAAUGCUGUGGAUAUUUAACAGUUUCAGCAGCUUGCACGGUGCUCUCCCUUCAGCACUAGAGAAGUGUGAGGUGGCUCUCUCCUCUCCUCUCCCUCACACAGCCUUCACUGCCUCCUCAGUCUUCACCAGUGGAUACGCUCCAGGCUACGCCAAGCUCAACCAGAGAGGAGGUGCAGGGGGCUGGUCUCCCCAGGACAGCGACAGCUACCCGUGGCUCCAGGUGGACCUGGGCAGCCGGAAACAGGUAGUUGCCGUGGCAACGCAGGGCAGGUACAGCAGCUCUGAUUGGACGACGAGGUACAGGCUGCUCUACAGCGACACGGGCAGGAACUGGAAGCCCUAUCAUCAGGAUGGAAACAUAUGGGCGUUCUCAGGCAACUCCAACACAGAGAGCGUGGUAAGACACGACCUGGUGCAAGGCAUUGUGGGCCGGUUGCUGCGUUUUGUACCGCUGGACUGGAGUGGAGAGGGACGCAUCGGCCUCCGCAUAGAGGUCUACGGCUGUUCCUAUUGGGCAGACGUAAUAAACUUUGAUGGACAGGGAGUUAUAUCCUACCGAUUUAAGGUGAAGAAGAUGAAGAUCAUAAAGGAUGUGAUCGCUCUGAAGUUUAAAACGUGGGAUAGUGAAGGAGUCAUUCUACACGGAGAGGGACAGCAAGGAGACUAUAUUACAUUAGAGCUACGCAAGGCCAAACUCCUCCUGCAGAUUAACCUAGGCAGUAACCAGUACGGUUCGAUCCUGGGCCACACCUCUGUGACGUCUGGAAGCCUAUUGGAUGAUCACCACUGGCACUCUGUGAUGAUUGAACGAUACCGACGCAACGUUAACUUCACCCUGGACACACACACACAACACUUCAGGACCAACGGAGAGUUUGACCAUCUGGAUCUAGACUACGAGUUGAGUUUUGGUGGCAUGCCCUACAGUGGUAAGCCAAUGGGAGGGGGGAUGAAGAACUUCCGAGGCUGUAUGGAGAGCAUCAACUACAACGGAGACAACAUCACUGAUCUGGCACGACGCAAGAAGCUAGACACCUCCAGCUUUCGCAAUCUGUCAUUCUCUUGCAUGGAGUCUCACUCCUUCCCAGUUUUCUUCAACGCCACCAGCUUCCUGCAGCUCCCAGGAAGAGCCAAUCAGGAUGUAGUAUCACUUAGAUUCCAGUUCCGCACCUGGAACGCCAACGGACUCCUCCUCUUCAGUAACCUUGACGACGGAACGCUUGAGAUCGCCCUUGACGACGGGAAGAUGGGAGUUCACUUCAACGUGACGCAGACGAAGAACACCAGGAUAGCAAUAUCAUCAGGUUCAGGCCUUAACGACGGCCAGUGGCACGCGGUGCAUCUAGUCGCUAAGGAGAACUCUGUCAUGUUGACGAUCGAUGGAGACGAAGCGUCAGCGGUCCGAACCACAACGCCUAUCAUCAUCAGGACUGGUGGAACAUACCAUCUGGGAGGGUACUUCCUGCCUACCUUAGCACCUCCCACCCAGAAGUCGUUCCAGGGCUGCAUGCAGGCAAUUCUGUUGGAUGAUCAGCUGGCGGAUAUGCAUGCCGUGGAGAAAGGCAUUGUGGGAGUGUUUGAGAACGUCAGCUUGGACAUGUGUGCCAUCAUAGACAGGUGUAUGCCUAACCAUUGUGAGCAUGGAGGCAGGUGUAAACAGACGUGGGAUAAUUUUAGCUGCACCUGCGACAGGACCGGAUACACUGGAGCCACUUGCCACACAUCGUUGUUUGAACAGAGUUGUGAGGCGUAUAAACACCUGGGCAGAUCUUCAGACACAUACUGGAUAGAUCCGGAUGGGAGUGGACCCCUCAGACCCUUCAAAGUCAACUGCAACAUGACAGAAGACAAGGUGUGGACUACAGUGGUCAAUAAUCUACCAGCCCAGACCUCAGUGACCGGGUCUAGCAGAGAGAGACGCACUGUGCUGCAACUCAACUACAGUGCCUCUAUGGAACAGGUCACAGCUAUUACUACCAGUGCUGAACACUGUCAACAACAAGUGUCGUACGCCUGCCGCAUGUCCCGACUGCUCAACACACCCGAGGGAACCCCUUACACAUGGUGGGUGGGUAGGAGCAGUGAGAAACAUCUCUACUGGGGAGGAUCAGGCCCGGGGAUACAGAAGUGUUCCUGUGGUAUCGACAGGAACUGUACUGACCCCAAAUACGACUGUAACUGUGACGCUGACCACAAACAAUGGAGAGAGGACAGUGGCCUGUUAGUGUAUAAGGAUCAUCUGCCAGUCAGUCAGGUUGCCGUGGGUGACACCAACCGGCAGGGUUCAGAGGCCAAGCUCACCAUCGGGCCACUCCGUUGUCAAGGAGACCAUAACUACUGGAACGCGGCGUCGUUCACCACGCCCUCCUCCUACCUGCAUUUCUCCACCUUCCAGGGAGAGACCAGCGCAGACAUCUCCUUCUACUUCAAGACCAGCGCUCCCUACGGGGUGUUCCUGGAAAACCUCGGCAACACUGACUUCAUACGCCUCGAACUCAAAUCUCCUACUGUUGUCUCGUUCUCCUUUGAUGUGGGGAACGGUCCCGUGGAGUUGGCCGUCCAUUCAGCCACACCCCUCAACGAUGACCAAUGGCAUCGUGUGAUGGCAGAGCGGAACGUGAAGGAGGCGGUGCUACAGCUGGAUCUGAACUAUAGGGAAACUCGUCCCGCCCCUCCACAGGGACACACAAGGCUAGAGCUGUUUAGUCAGCUUUAUGUGGGUGCAGCAGGGGGUCAGAGGGGGUUUCUGGGAUGCAUUCGCUCCCUCAGGAUGAAUGGUGUGACCCUUGACCUUGAAGAGAGGGCCAAGGUAACUCCAGGUGUAAAGCCAGGCUGUCAGGGUCAUUGUACCAGUUAUGGGAUGUACUGCAGGAACGGAGGAAAGUGUGUGGAGAAAUAUAAUGGCUACUCCUGUGACUGCACUGCCACGGCAUACGAUGGACCCUUCUGCACCAAAGAUGUGGGGGGCUUCUUUGAGGCGGGCACUCUGGUGAGAUACAACUUCCUGUCAGAGGCAGCGGCAGCCAAUCAGGACGCAAGGUUCCUUGCCCAACCUUUGACUGCACAGGAAGUGAAUCUGACAGGAGAAGCAGUAGCGUUUAGCUUCAGUACGACCAACACACCAGCUAUACUGCUGUACGUCAGCUCCAAGACACAAGACUACCUGGCUCUGGUGCUGCGGCAGAAUGGAACUCUCCAGGUGCGGUACAACCUGGGUGGUCUCAAGGAGCCAUUCACCAUAGACGUGGACCAGCGUAACCUAGCCAACGGACAGCCACACACUAUCAACAUGUCCAGAAUCAACAGGACUAUCACCAUACAGUUGGACCACUACCCCCCUGUCAGCUACUCUCUCCCAGAGGCAUCAGACACACAGCUCAACCUGGUCAAGACAUUGUUCCUGGGGAAGGUAUUUGAGACUGGAGUGAUAGACCCAGUGCUUAUAGAGCGUUAUAACACUCCAGGGUUCGUAGGCUGUCUGUCACGCGUCCAGUUCAACGGAGUCGCACCCCUGAAGACUGCCCUAAGAAACCCUAUAACAGACAGACCAACAGACAGACAGUCUGUGCCAGUGUCCUACCAGGGUAAACUAGUAGAAUCUAACUGCGGAGCAUCACCUCUUACCAUCCCACCAAUGUCUGCUGUCACCGAUCCUUGGCGCCUGGACUCAGGUGCAGAGUUCCCAUUCAACGAGGAGCGAGUGAUCCCAGAUGGAGUCAACAGGAACUCAGCCAUUAUAGGAGGUAUCAUUGCCGUGGUUAUCUUCACCGUCCUGUGCACGCUGGUGUUCCUGAUUCGCUACAUGUUUCGUCACAAGGGCUCAUACCACACCAAUGAAUCGAAAGGGGCGGAACCAGCCAGUGACGAAUCAGCAGACACCACCAUCAUCUGCGCCGAAACCAACCCGGAAACCAUAGAGGAAUCAAAGAAAGAGUGGUUCAUCUAACUGCCAAUUGAAAAACAGAUGAGGAUUGGAGAGUGGGAUGUUCAUCUGUUGACCAAUCACAGGAGAGAUGGAUGGAGAUGUCUACUGAAUGGAGGAGGGAUUGGGAGUGGGUGAAAGAGGGUGUACAGAAAUCCGAUGAACUGCAGAAGAAAGACGAGACAGUUUAUUGGAAGGUUGCGUUGAGAGUUGAGAGACUAAAUCUGUACAUAGUCUUUCUUUGUAUUGUGUUCAGGAGUUUCCACGAGACCUUUGAAUACAGAAUAGUUAUAUAACAGCAGAUCUCGAUCAAAUACAUUCAAACACUAUAGGUUUUUAGAAGUGCACUUGAUUUAGCUUGGAUUUUGCACCUUUAGGACUAUUCUAUUGUCUCCGAUGUACCAGGCAAACUAAAUCAAGCACAGCUCAAGUAUUUGACCUAUGUAUUUGACCUCUGUAUAAUAAUAAUAAUGGAACAUAUGCUAGCAAAGACUUGUUUGUUUUUUCAACUGAGAUCUGAAAGAUUAUGCCAAAUCAUCCGUUUACAAGUUUGGCAAUUCUGUUGGUCAUGUUUACAUGGCCAUGAUCCAUAUACACUCCAACAGUAUUUCUCAAACCACUCCAAGAGGUGUAACCAGAGAAACAUGGAUGCCAAAAGUCCUGCUGUAAAUCUGUGUUAUUUAGAUAUAUAUUGAAUUUCUUUGUUAAUAUAUGUUUAUUCAGAGACAUUGGUACAACGACAUUUACACGACAUUUCAGAUCAUAUUUCUAAGCAUAGCACAUAUCCACAAAUGAAGGAAGUUUACUUUAAUUUAAUUAUGACAUUAGAUUGUAUCCACAAGAAGACCUUCUCAUCGAUGGUUGGAGAGGAAUGUCUCAAUGCAUGAUGGGAAAACAUGGCAGAAGCAUAGCUACACACUGCACGGCAGUUUUCUUUCUGUCCUUCCUCUGAGAACAAGUGAGCUCUUGAACUUUCAGUGUAUUUUCUGUUUCCAAACACUUGUCUUACACUGAAGACGCAAAACAUUAAGAACACCUUCCUAAUACUGGGUUGUACCACCUUUUGCUCUCAGAACAGCCUAAUUUAGUCAGGGCAUACAAGGUGUCCAAAGCAUUCCACAGGAAUGCUGGCCCAUGUUGACUCUAAUGCUUCCCACAGUUGUGUCAAGUUCGCUGGAUGUCCUUUGGGUGGUGGACCAUUCUUGAUACACACAGCAAACUGUUGAGUGUGAAAAACCCAGCAGCGUUGCAGUUCUUGGCACAUUCAAACCAAAGCGCAUGGCACCUACUAACAUACCCUGUUCAAAGGCACUUAAAUAUUUUGUCUUGCCCAUUCACCCUCUGAAUGGCCCAUACACAAUCCAUGUCUCAAUUGUCUCAAGGCUUAAAAAUCCUUCUUUAACCUGUCUCCUCCCCUUCAUCUACACUGAUUGAAGUGGAUUUUACAAGUGACAUCAAUAAGGGAUCAUAGCUUUCAACUAGAUUCACUGGGUCAGUCUGUCAUGGAAAGAGCAGGUGGUCCUAAUGUUUAAUACACCCAGUGUAGCUACUCAUGUCUAUUUCACAAAUUUGACUGAUUGAUCGAUGAGAUCGAUCAUGAUACUUGUAAUGCUGAGAGUUUGUCUCACUGGAUGUUGAGAGUGCUGUAUUUGUGUGUGUAGAUGGGGUCGGUGGCAUACGGGGGGGGUGUAGCCUAUGUUCCGUAGGAAAAGUCUUUGGGGUCAAGGGUGAAGGGUUGAGGCUUGGUUCUACCGUGUUGAAUGGUUUAACCAACUGUGCCUUCAGGAGACUGCCUUUUAGCCUUCCUCUAGGUAACACAACACAGCAACACAACAACAUGGUGUUAGAACCAGACCCAUGGUGUUAGAAACAGACCCAUGGUGUUAGAGACAGACCCAUGGUGUUAGGACCAGACCCAUGGUGUUAGAGACAGACCCAUGGUGUUAGAGACAGACCCGUGGUGUUAGGACCAGACCCAUGGUGUUAGAACCAGACCCGUGGUGUUAGAACCAGACCCAUGGUGUUAGAGACAGACCCAUGGUGUUAGAGACAGACCCAUGGUGUUAGAACCAGACCCAUGGUGUUAGAACCAGACCCAUGGUGUUAGAGACAGACCCAUGGUGUUAGAACCAGACCCCAGACCCAUGGUGUUAG